CUACGUCGAUGGGAAUGCACAUGUGGGGCCUAUCUUGGUCUAUUCAUUUCGCUUCACGAACUUGCAAACGCAAUUUCAAGUGCAUGGCCGUACUAAUCGCAGUGCUUGGUUCAGUCACAUUUAAUAACUAUAGUUAUCAGGUGAGAUCACUGCUGACCAAAACAAGAUAAACAGCAACCAAAACGUAAAAGAACGUUUGGAAAGUAAUAUGCUAUACGGAACGAUUUAAUGCACGCUUUACUUCUUUCAAAUGUCAAACCUAUUAAAAACUUAAUAAACAGGCCCAAACUUUUUGAUAUCAAAAGUACCAAGUAACCAGAAAACAAACGGUAGAUAACUUGUUUAUUAAAUCAUAAACAUAGAAGAUGCAUCAUUUCCUAAAACGUCUUAAAACAGCCGCUGCCGCACGCACGGUAUUUGAUCAUGGAAAGGAGUUUUAAUUUCCAUAUCAAGUUAGAACGGAGGCAUAAGUCAUAAGGACAUACUAUCAACCGACCACGAAAUCUGUGGAGGUCAGGCGUGAUUAUGGAGUACAAUCGCCAGCCUUGUCCCAUCAGGAUUGUAGAGGACUGCGGGUGCGCCUUUAUGAUGGGCACAGUAGGAGGAUCGUUGUUCGAGUAUCUGAAGGGUUUCCGUAACGCUCCGACCGGUUUGCGGCGUGGCCUAUACGGCGGCUUUGAAUCGGUAAAGUUGCGGACUCCAUCCAUCGCCGGCAGCUUUGCCAUUUGGGGCGCCACCUUUAGCACGGUGGACUGCGUCAUGAUCUCGUAUCGGCAGAGGGAGGAUUCCUGGAACUCGAUUGUCAGUGGAGCGGCCACUGGCGGAAUUUUGGCAGCACGCAAUGGCAUUCGGGCCAUGGCCAACAGCGCCUUUGUGGGAUGCCUCGUCUUGGCAAUGCUCGAAGGAGCCGGAGCAGCAGUGGCCACGAUUUAUGCAGCCGACGGAGACGCCAGUACCGCCAUAGCCACUGAUGUCCAGCUGCCGCAGAGACCCCAGUGGGAAUCAUCCGUUGAGGACUUGGAAAAUCCGGGUUCCUCCCAUAGUCAGAAUUUGACCGUGGCGGAAUUCGAGCAGGUGUUGGAUAAAUGUAGAACCUAUAGGGCGCGCAACAUGACCCUGCAGGACAAGCCUUCGGAUGCGGUGGAGGGCAAGGAAGUGAAACGAAUCGAUAAGCCUUUGCACUCUCUACUCGAUCUGGUCAAGCUGGCCGAGAUUAUCUGAUACAGUUCGCAAUAGCUUUCUGUUUUGAGUCAACUUUUCGUUUUUGUGGUGCCUCUUCCAAAUUAUGUGUUAACCAACCAAUAUUCUCCGUUGAUCUGAUUUAUUUUAUAUUCUUCAGUAAUGAACAGGAUGCAAUUCUCUUCAUAACGAUAGUAAACCAUUUUUUUUGGUAUAAAUGAAGAUCAUCCGAGGGUCCUAUUUUUUCGUGGUUAUGGCCUAUGCUGGAAUGACACAUGAAUUUUAAAAUGCAUAUGUUUCACACCUAAUAAUACUAAAAUAGUAAGCAAUUGAAAGUUAAUUUUCAUUUUACCAUUUAGUGUUACAAGUCAAAUUUAAGGUCUAGGAUGAUUAACGGAAUUGAGCUAUGAAAGUCGUAUAAGAGACUGAAAUUAUUUAUAAAAGGCAGAAACGCCGUUUUUUUCACCGUAUAAAGUUUUCCCUUUGGGCCUAAGACCCACCUUUUAUCAACAAGUAGGC